AUGUCCGACACCGAACCAACCCACACCUCAUCCGCCGCAGUCUCCAAAAACAAAAAACAUCGCAAAGACAAACCCUGGGACUCUGACUCCAUCAACCAUUGGGAAGUUCCCCAAUUCCUCCCAAACGAAAUCAAAGGUACCUUUCUUGAAGAAUCUUCCUUCGCUACUCUUUUCCCGAAAUACCGCGAACGCUACCUCAAAGAGGUUUGGGGACAUGUCACUUCUGCACUCGAGAAACACGGUAUUGCUUGUACGCUCGAUCUCGUCGAAGGUUCUAUGACGGUUAAGACAACACGCAAGACUUAUGAUCCUUAUAUCAUCUUGAAGGCAAGGGACAUGAUUCGGCUACUGAGUCGGUCAGUACCUUUCCCACAGGCGGUGAAGAUUCUAGAGGAUGGAGUGGAGUGUGAUGUGAUCAAGAUCGGACAUCUUUUGCGGAAUAAGGAGAGAUUUGUGAAGAGAAGACAGAGGAUUAUUGGGCCGAAUGGAAGUACGUUGAAAGCGAUCGAGCUCUUGACGGGGUGUUAUGUUUUGGUGCAGGGUAACACUGUUUCGGCUAUGGGUCAUUUUAAGGCUCUUAAGGAGGUGCGAAGAAUUGUUAUCGACUGCUUGAAAAACAUUCAUCCGAUCUACCACAUUAAGGAGCUGAUGAUUAAGCGGGAGCUGGCGAAAGAUCCAAAGCUAGCAGAGGAGAAUUGGGAUCGUUUCUUACCGAAGUUCAAGAAGAGAAACGUCAAAUCUAAGCCCGCCUCCACUACUACUGAUUCAGCGAACGGAGUUGCUACCGGUGCGAAUGCAGUCGGAGAAGGAAGCUCGAAGAAGAAAGAGAUCAAGAAGAAGACAUAUACACCUUUCCCACCGCCCCAACAGCCAAGUAAGAUUGAUCUGCAACUGGAGAGCGGUGAAUACUUCCUCAAGCCAAGGGAGAAGAAGAGAGCGGAGGAGGAGAGGAAGUUGAAAAAGCAGGCUGAACACAAGGAGAAGAGGGAGGCGGAGAGGCAGAAGAUGUUUGUUCCUCCCACCGAAGACGAUGGGGAGGCGGAGAGGAAGAAGAAGGAGAAGAAGGAAAAGAGGAAGAGAGAUGAGGAGGAGGGAGAGAAGAAGAGGGAGAAGAAGAGUAAGAAGGCCAAGUAA